ACACCGCAAUGGCUAUCCGGCCACUCUCCUUCUUCAGGCUUUCCCGCACAUACACCAGCCUCACCUCCCCCUCCACUUCAAUAGCCACCGAUGCGAUUCCACCACCUCCAACUCUCCCAGGUUUAUCGCCGACCCAACCACGAACCGUCAAGUCCCCGUACACGCGAAAAACCCAACUCUUCAGAAUCUACCUCUCCCUCCUCCGCUCGACGCCUCUGAUGGUCUUUUUCCAGCACAACAACCUCCGUGCAGUAGAAUGGAUAGCAAUCCGCCGGGAACUCCUCUUCGGCCUACGAAAGAUCGACCCGACGUCCACGCUACCGGAGUUGACCCGCAUCACGGUUCUAAAGCCAGCAAUUUUCGCCACGUCGUUCCGUGCCCUGGAGGGGUACGAUUGGCAGCACAAGCGCAGCUCGGAGCCUGGUGGCAGCAAAAUAAUCGCGAAGGAGACGGAAACACUCAAGGAGACGCACCCGCUCUCACCCGUGCUAACAGGUCCUAUUGCCGCGCUGAGUUUUCCGAGUGUUGAGCCGACGCACCUGAAGGCCGCGCUUGAUAUUCUGUUUCCGCUGAAGAACCCCAGGAAGGGGUUGGAUCCAUUGGCCGUCAGCGGGCUACAGAAGUUUGUCAUGCUGGCUGGGUGGGUUGAUGGGCAUGUCUAUGGAGGCAGGAACGGGGAAGGUAGAGUCAUGGAUGUCGACUUGAUCCGCGUGUUGGCGCUGUUGCCGGACGUUAACACCCUCCAUGGGGAAUUGCUGGCUAUGUUGAGGGGGGCUGGUGGUGCGGAUUUGAUUAUGAAUUUGAGUAAUGCUGGGGUUGGGUUGACGAGAACUGUGGAUACGUAUAGGAAGAUGCUGGGUGGAGAGUUGGAUUCGGACGGGAAGCCAGUUGAGGCUAACGCUGGGGGCGAGGAGGAGAAGAAGGGGUAACUGAUACAUCAAUUGUUUUUCUUGUACAUUCCAUAGAUGUUGUAAAUAUCCAGGUUAGAUGGAAUCCUUGUUGGAGGAAGCCAUAUUGCUCAAUUCUGGCGCGUCAGCCGUGGGCUUAAACCUACACGGAGCUUGAUCUCAGUCUCUGAUACUACAUAGCAUUCAGGUACAAUUCCUAC